GGAGGAUGGCGUCCAGCUGAACCCAUGGAAACACAUUGUGGGAAGCUUUCUUUACUGUCACUUUCCAAGAGAUACGCUUUCUAAGAGUCAGGUAAGUUCAGGGGGGAAAUAGGCUUCGAGAUGAACAGCGUGUGUCCUGGAGCUGGCCCUGGUUCACAUUCAACCUUCAUUACUCACUUAGCUGUGUGACCUCAGACAGAUAACUUGACCUCCCUGGGCCUCGCUGGCCUUUUUUUUGAGUGGGUGUGAUGGUACUUGUCUCAAGGGUUUUGAGGAGGCUUAAAUGCGUGAACAUGUGUAAAAAGCUCACAAUCCUGUUUUGCAUUUUCAAAGAGCUUAAUGAACACGGUUGUGUCACUGGAGGUGGUGAGCACCCCGCCUGUGGAGUGUACAGCGCCUGAUGCUCAGUGAUGCUGUGCUGUGUGCUCAGGAGCUGGGAUGGAACUCAGUGCUUCUAAUUCCCUUCCCUGGACGGGGCCCAGGCGCAGCCAGGCUCGGGCCCCCAGCCUUGGUGGGGGAGAACUUUGUCCUACUCAGCCUACUUAAUAGGGGAGGGUGCUCUCAGCCCCUCAGCCAGCAAUCCAGGACCUCGAGGAGGGGGAGGAGAAAAGAAAGGGAGGGUUGGUGGCCAGCGUUGGGAAUGCUAAGUGUCCUGUGCUCCAAAGAUGGGAGUUUUGCCAGACCUGGGGUAGCUGAACUGCUAAACAAGGAGGGAGGUGACUGAGGCUGACCUUGAGGGCCUGGCCUUGGGCAACGUGGGAACACAGAUGGGGAAGGGGAACCUCAGCCAGACAGUUGAGGUCCGGCUGUGGUUUGAGAGGGAAGACAGUCUGGACAGGCCAGGGGAGACGGCUCAGCAUCCUCUUUGUCCCUUGCUGCCAGCUCGGAGGUGGUGACUUCCAAGAGUGACUCUGUGGGAGGAAAAUGACUGCCCAGUCGCUGCUGCAGACGACACUGUUCCUGCUGAGUCUGCUCUUCCUGGUCCAAGCCUCUGCCUCCUCAGGUGCCCACGGCAGGGGCCACAGGGAAGACUUUCGCUUCUGCAGCCAGCGGAACCAGACACACAUUAGCAGCCUCCACUACAAAUCCACGGCAGACCUGCGCAUCUCCAUCGAGAACUCCGAGGAGGCCCUCACAGUCCAUGCCCCCUUCCCUGAAGCCCACCGUGCUUCCCGAUCCUUCCCUCACCCCAGGGGCCUCUACCAUUUCUGCCUCUACUGGGACCGACAUGCUGGGAGAUUGCAUCUUCUCUAUGGCAAGCAUGACUUCUUGCUGAGUGACAAAGCCUCUAGCCUCCUCUGCUUCCAGCACCAGGAGGAGAGCCUGGCCCAGGGGCCCCCGCUGUUCGCCACUUCUGUCACCUCCUGGUGGAGCCCUCAGAACAUCAGCCUGCCCAGUGCCUCCAACUUCACCUUCUCCUUCCACAGUCCUCCCCACACAGCUGCUCACAAUGCCUCGGUGGACAUGUGCGAGCUCAAAAGGGACCUCCAGCUGCUCAGCCAGUUCCUGAAGCAUCCCCAGAAGGCCUCGAGGAGGCCCUCGGCCACCCCUGCCAGCCAGCAGUUGCAGAGCCUGGAAUCGAAGCUGACCUCUGUGAGAUUCAUGGGGGACACGGUGUCCUUCGAGGAGGACCGGGUCAACGCCACGGUGUGGAAGCUCCAGCCCACAGCCGGCCUCCAGGACCUGCAUAUCCACUCCCGGCAGGAGGAGGAGCAGAGCGAGAUCUUGGAGUACUCGGUGCUGCUGCCUCGAACACUCUUCCAGAGGACGAAAGGCCGGAGAGGGGAGGCUGAGAAGAGACUCCUCCUGGUGGACUUCAGCAGCCAAGCCCUGUUCCAGGACAAGAAUUCCAGCCAAGUCCUGGGUGAGAAGGUCUUGGGGAUUGUGGUGCAGAAUACCAAAGUAGCCAACCUCACGGAGCCCGUGGUGCUCACCUUCCAGCACCAGCCACAGCCGAAGAAUGUGACUCUGCAAUGUGUAUUCUGGGUUGAAGACCCGACAUUGAGCAACCCGGGGCGUUGGAGCAGUGCUGGGUGUGAGACCGUCAGGAGAGAAACCCAAACAUCCUGCUUCUGCAACCACUUGACCUACUUUGCAGUGUUGAUGGUCUCCUCGGUGGAGGUGGAUGCCGUGCACAAGCACUACCUGAGCCUUCUCUCCUACGUGGGAUGUGUCGUCUCUGCCCUGGCCUGCGUCGUCACCAUUGCCGCCUACCUCUGCUCCAGGGUGCCCCUGCCGUGCAGGAGGAAACCUCGGGACUACACCAUCAAGGUGCACAUGAACCUACUGCUGGCCGUCUUCCUGCUGGACGUGAGCUUCCUGCUCAGUGAGCCGGUGGCCCUGACGGGCUCCCAGUCUGGCUGCCGAGCCAGCGCCAUCUUCCUGCACUUCUCCCUGCUCGCCUGCCUUUCCUGGAUGGGCCUCGAGGGCUACAACCUCUACCGACUUGUGGUGGAGGUCUUUGGCACCUACGUCCCUGGCUACCUGCUCAAGCUGAGCGCCAUGGGCUGGGGCUUCCCCAUCUUUCUGGUGACGCUGGUGGCCCUGGUGGAUGUGGACAACUAUGGCCCCAUCAUCCUGGCUGUGCAUAGGACUCCAGAGAGCACCAUCUACCCUUCCAUGUGCUGGAUCCGGGACUCCCUGGUCAGCUACAUCACCAACCUGGGCCUCUUCAGCCUGGUGUUUCUGUUCAACAUGGCCAUGCUAGGCACCAUGGUGGUGCAGAUCCUGCGACUGCGCCCCCACACCCAAAAGUGGUCGCAUGUGCUGACGCUGCUGGGCCUCAGCCUGGUCCUUGGCCUACCCUGGGCCUUGAUCUUCUUCUCCUUUGCUUCUGGAACCUUCCAGCUUGUCGUCCUCUACCUUUUCAGCAUCAUCACCUCCUUCCAAGGCUUCCUCAUCUUCCUCUGGUACUGGUCCAUGCGGCUACAGGCUCGGGGUGGCCCCUCCCCUCUGAAGAGCAACUCAGACAGCGCCAGGCUCCCCAUCAGCACGGGCAGCACCUCAUCCAGCCGCAUCUAGGCCUCCAGCCCACCUGCCCGUGUGAGGAAGCACAGAUGCGGCCUCACUGCACACUGACUGUGGCCCCCGAGCCAGGCCCAGCCCCAGGCCAGUCAGCCAGACACUUGGGAAGGCCCAACGACCAUGAGAGAUGGGCUGUUGCCGUGGUGGACGGACUCCCGGGCUGGGCUUUUGAAUUGGCCUUGGGGACUACUUGGCUCUCACUCAGCUCCCACAGGGCCCAGAAGCGCACCGCCAUGCUGGCUAGGGGACUGUCCUCACAUCUGUCCUAACCCGGAUGGAGGCCUGGCCUCUCCUUACAACCCCUGGGUCCAGCCCUUGUUGCUGGGGGGCCAGGCCUUGGAUCUUGAGGGUCUGGCACAUCCUUAAUCCUGUGCCCCUGCCUAGGACAGAAACAUGGCUCCAGUUGCUCUGUCUCUCGUGGUCACCCUGAGGGUGCUCUGCAUCCUCUGUCAUUUUAACCUCAGGUGGCACCCAGGGCGAAAGGGGCCCAGGGCAGACCUUCAGGGCCGGAGCCCUGGCGGAGGAGAGGCCCUUUGCCAGGAGCACAGCCGCAGCUCGCCUACCUCUGAGCCUAGGCCCCCUCCCGCCCUUAGCCUCCCAGUCCUCCCUCCAUCUUCCCUGGGGUUCUCCUCCUCUCCCAGGGCCUCCUUGCUCCUUCAUUCACAGCUUGGGGUCCCCGAUUCCAAUGCUAUGUGUCAGGGAGUGGUUUCUAGGAGCUGCCUGGUAUCUGCUGUAAAUGUUUGUCUACUGCACAAGCCUUGGCCUGCCCCAACCCAGGCUCAGGACCGAUGCCUGGGCUGGGCUAGGUCCCUCUGUCCAUCUGAGCCUUUGUAUGAGCUGCAUUGCCCUUGCUCACCCUGACCAAGCACAUGCCUGAGAGGAGCCCUCAGCCUCUUCUGAAGCCCUCUUGUGGCAAGAACUGUGGACCAUGCCAGUCCCAUCUGAUUUCCAUCCCAGCACUCCAAGGACUGAGACUGACCUCCUCUGGUGACACUGGCCUAGAGCCUGACACUCCUAAGGGAUCCUCUCCAAGUCCCUGCAAAUAGCUCCAGGCACCCUCAGCCGCCCAUCAUGGUUAAUUCUGUCCAGCAAACACACACGGGUUGAUCGCUGGCCUGUGCUAGAUGGCAGGGACACAGAUGACCGACCUGGACACUCCCCCUGCCACCCCUCAGUCUGGUAUGUGAGGCGUGCAUGAAGCAAGAGCUCCUGGAGCUACAGGCACGGGGACAGGGAGCCAUCAUUCCUGGCUGGGAAUCCUGGAAGACUUCCUGCAGGAGUCAGCGUUUAAUCUUGACCUUCAAGAUGGGAAGGAUGUUCUUUUUACGUACCAAUUCUUUUGUCUUUUGAUAUUGAAAAGAAGUACAUGUUCAUUGUAGAGAAUUUGGAAACUGUAGAGAGAAUCGAGAAAAAUAAAAAUCAGCUGUUGUUAUCACCUAGCAAACUGGCA